UUUUCUCUCUCUACAUAUCCUUACAAACACAAGAAAGAAAGAAUGGAUAGCCGGCGCAGAAAGCAAGCCAAGAUUGCCGGAGAUCAUCAUCAUUAUAAUUAUAAUAAUAACAACAAUAGUUGUUGUUCUGAAGAAGUGAAUAGCAUAGAGUGGGAGUUCAUUAUGAUGAGUGAACAAGAAGAAGAUCUGGUUUAUCGAAUGCACAAACUCGUCGGAGACAGGUGGGGAUUGAUAGCAGGGAGGAUUCCGGGAAGGAAACCGGAGGAGAUAGAGAGAUUCUGGGUCAUGAGACACACUGAAGGAUUCCCCGCUAAAACUAAAACUAAAACAGAGUAUUUUUCUCCGGCGACUCUGCCGACCAGCCGGCCGGCCAGACGAACUUCUCCUUCUUCUUCUUGAUUUGAUAUAAAUUAUUAAAUGUAAUAUGUCUUCUUUAUUUCGAA